CCGCGAUAACAGCUGAACUCCACAGGUCGUUGGUUAAGUGUUGCUUCGGUUGGCUGUCGUCUGUAGCCUCCCUUUGAACUGCCACAGCGGAACUCGUCAUAACAGCCACUGAGAGGAUUCUGCGUGUGUCCAUCUGAAACAUUGACUAUAAACCCAACAUCAACCAUUUUUGCACCAUGAGUCUACGAGAGAUCAGUGAGAAUGUGAAGCUGGCCCGCGAGUACGCCCUGCUGGGAAACUACAGCUCAGCCAGUGUUCUCUAUAAUGGACUGCUAGAACAAAUCAAGAAGUAUGUGUACACUGUGCGGGACAGCAGUGUUCAGCAGCGGUGGCAGCAGUUGUGGCAAGAAAUUAGUGAAGAGAAUCGACAAGUUCAGGACAUAAUGUCGACACUGGAGAACUUUCAGCGGGACACAACGCCUGCCAAACCUAGUAACCAUGAUGAUUGUGAAGUACGGCCUGUGCACAUGGAACAGAGACAUUCUCCUUGUCCCGUCAGACGGCCCUCUAACCAGUAUAAAGACAGCAAACCUACCAACAACCGCCUGAGCGUGGCUGUAAGGGCCCAGCAGAGGCAAUCGCCUCGUGGGGCCAACGGGGACAGAAGCAAACCCUCCAAGGGCAAAGAAAAGAAAGAGUCAAAAGAGGUGAAGGAGGCCGCUGGCAAAGCAAAGGAUGAUAAGAACAAAGCAGAUGUCCAGGAGAAAGAAGUGAAAAAAUUUGAUGGGACAGGAUAUGACAAAGACCUUGUGGAAGCUCUGGAGAGAGAUAUUAUAUCUCAGAAUCCAAAUGUUAAAUGGGACAACAUUGCAGACCUGGAAGAUGCAAAAAAACUACUUAAAGAAGCGGUUGUGUUGCCAAUGUGGAUGCCAGCAUUUUUCAAAGGCAUACGGAGACCAUGGAAGGGAGUGCUUAUGGUGGGACCUCCAGGUACGGGGAAAACACUUUUGGCCAAAGCAGUUGCUACCGAGUGCAGAACCACAUUCUUCAACGUCUCCUCAUCUACUCUAACCUCCAAAUACAGAGGGGAGUCUGAAAAGCUAGUUCGCCUUCUCUUUGAAAUGGCACGUUUUUACGCUCCUACUACGAUCUUCAUUGAUGAAAUUGACUCCAUGUGCAGCCGCAGAGGGACUUCAGAGGAACACGAGGCCAGUCGGAGAGUCAAGGCGGAGCUACUGGUGCAGAUGGAUGGGGUCGGUGGAGCAUCGGAAAACGAUGACCCGUCCAAGAUGGUGAUGGUGCUGGCUGCCACCAACUUCCCAUGGGACAUCGAUGAGGCCCUGAGAAGACGGCUGGAGAAGAGGAUCUACAUCCCUCUGCCUUCAAACAAAGGGCGAGUGGAGCUGCUAAGGAUCAACCUGACAGAGCUGGAGCUGGCCAGUGACGUGGACUUGGACAAGAUUGCGGAGCAGUUGGAGGGUUACUCAGGAGCCGACAUUACCAACGUGUGCAGGGACGCCUCUCUGAUGGCCAUGAGGCGAAGAAUCGAGGGCCUCACGCCAGAGGAAAUCCGCAACAUUUCCCGGGAUGAGAUGCACAUGCCCACCACCAUGGAGGACUUUGAGUCGGCUCUGAAGAAAGUGUCCAAAUCUGUGUCUGCAGUUGACCUGGAGAAGUAUGAAAAGUGGAUUGAAGAGUUUGGGUCCUGCUAAAAAGACAGCAGCAUCCAAGUAAUCUGUGUCUGAAUGUGUAACUAUUAUAAGGCUGAGCUGUAGAAAAACAGUGAGUUUGGGUUGUGGUUGUGUAUUUUUCUAGAUCAUUAAGACGAUAUUGAGGAUAUGAUGUAGGUUUAUUGCUUUAGGUAAAUAUGUGCAAUUGAAAAAUGGCACCUCUUCCUAUUGUACAUUAUGUUAAUGUUAUGCAACAGUCUAAAAAUGUUUUAAUGAUGCUAAAUUCAUCAGACAUGUUAGACAAGAUCAACUGUAGCUGUAACAGACAAUCUGAGGACACAAUGUUUCCACAAUGUUUCAUGUUUCCCAAGUGUCGUAAUGUCAAUCAAAUGUUUGUCUUCUCUUUUUUUUUGUGCACUUUUGGAUUUUAUUUUUUAUUUUGAACCAUGUGGUUCAUCCACAGUUUUGGAGAUGUUAUGAAUGUAACACUAACAAGAUAUGUCGAUAAAUAAAGUUAACAAUGAUUAUGUAUAUUAA